UGUGUUCUGGUCGGAGCUGGGAAAAGCAAACUAGUGAGGCCCCGGGUCCUGUUGACUUAAACAGUGACGUUGGCGUCUUGCUUCCCGUCGGCCACUCAGCUCAGGGUGUCACGGCCCCCGGAGGGACAGGGUGAAACAUUCAUAAUAUCUGGACGGUCCCUGGGCUGCGGAGAAGCAGCACGUGUGAGCGGAGGAGCCCGGCAGGCCUGCCACCCACCCGUCUCCUCCAUUCCUCUGUCCCUCGGGGCUCCCCCUCCGCCGCUGACUUUGGAACCGUCUCUGCCAGCCCGUUCCCUCUCCCUCGUCAUCCUUCCUUCUGCGUGUCUGGUCCCCUUGCCACGGGUGCUCCUUCCCCUCUGCCCUGCAGUGUGCAGAUGGUCCCGGCUCAGGCUCUGUGUCUGACUCUCCCGGGAGCCGUAACCCUCAGGAGCUGGCCUCUCCUUCUCCCUCCCUCGGAGCAUCCGAACCAGAAAAUUCCCGGAAGAGCGCCCCCCUGAGGCCUCCCCAUGGGUGAGUCCAACGUGACCUCAUUUGCUGUCGAGGGCCCCACGAAUGCCUCGACGGGCAGGAACGCCUCCGCCGGGGACGUGCGGGAGGAACUGCCCGCCGUGCUCUGGGUCAUUAUGAGCAUCUCCCCGCUGGGCUUCGUGGAAAACGGGGUUCUCCUCUGGUUCCUCUGCUUCCGGAUGCGAAGGAACCCCUUCACAGUCUACAUCACCCACCUGUCCAUCGCGGACAUCUCCCUGCUGUUCUGCAUCUUCAUCCUGACCGUCGACUACGCCUUAGGUUACGAGCUCUUGUCGGGCUACUACUACACCAUCGUCACCUUGUCCGUGACGUUCCUGUUUGGCUACAACACGGGCCUCUAUCUGCUGACGGCCAUCAGCGUGGAGCGGUGCCUGUCCGUCUUGUACCCCAUCUGGUACCGAUGCCAUCGCCCCAAGCACCAGUCGGCGCUCGUCUGCGCCCUCCUGUGGGCACUGUCCUGCUUGGUGACGGCCAUGGAAUACGCCCUGUGCAUCGACAGCGAGAGGCAGAGCUACUCCCAAAGCCACUGCAGGGCGGUCAUCAUCUUCAUCGCCAUCCUGAGCUUCCUGGUCUUCACGCCCCUCAUGGUGCUGUCCAGCGCCGUCCUGGUGGUCAAGAUCCGCAGGAACACCUGGGCGUCCCACUCCUCCAAGCUGUACCUGGUCAUCGCGGUCACCAUCGCCAUCUUCCUCACCUUCGCCAUGCCCAUGAGAGUCCUCUACCUGCUGUUCUACGAGUACUGGUCCACGUUUGGGAGCCUCCACGACAUCUCCCUCCUCUUCUCCACCAUUAACAGCAGCGCCAACCCUUUCAUUUACUUCUUCGUGGGCAGCAGCCGGAAGAAGCGGUUCAAGGAGUCCUUAAAGGUGGUCCUGACCAGGGCUUUCAAGGACGAAACGCAGUCCAGGCGCCAGGAAGAUAGCGGCAAUCUCAGCACCACCGAGACAGUCGUCUGAGCCCAAGCGGUGGGGCGCAGGGUGUGUGUCUCUGUGCUUGACGUGCAACGGAAGUAGCUCCUGACUAUGAUGCGGAAGACACCCCGCCCCCAGGCACAAGAUGCUAAUUGACCGUGAGACUGUUCUCUUGGACUGUGUCUUCUGGAAAUGCCUACACACGAACCUCAGUCACUUCCGUCCCCAUCAAAAUCCCUCUUUCCGUCCCUCCUCCACUCUUCCCAAGAACCACACAGGUCACUCCAGCAGGAGGUGUGCAGGGGUGCGCAGGGGUGUG